AUGGAAAAUGACUCCGCCUUGAGAGCCUACAAAUACCAUCUCCUCACAGGCGCUUACAUCCUUGUCACAGCUGGCGCCUUGUUUCGGGUCUAUAGACAGCCGUACAAUCGAAACAUGAAGAUCGACCAGAUCGAAACCAUCUUCAAGGCAACAACCCUCGGAGCCGUCAUAGCAGGCAUUGGCCUCAGCGGCAAGAUCAACAAAGCUAGGAGUGCCCAAGGUGAUAUCAAGUACAUGCAGAGUGACUCUGCCCGGGGUAGCCAGCAGAUCUUUCAGGGAAGAGGCUCUCAGCUGACCUACAUCACGCCAAGAAUCCUCGAAAAUGUAGAGAUCGAACGCAACAAUCUCGCCACUCAUGGCUUCUCUUCACUUCUGCGCGACUACUCGCCCGAUAUUGCCAUUUCCAACAAUUCCCCAAUCAUCUUCUGGAAAAGCGACAUAGCCAACAUCUGCGACCGGAUGAUCUUCUCACCGUUCCGUAUCCUCCAAUCGAUCUCAAAGAUGCGCCGAGCAAGAUUCAACGCAAAAGCCAGUGUCAGUCUUGCUACAGACUCGUUGUUCAAGCCCGGGGUAUUUGUGCAGACCAGGAUAUAUCAACCUCUGCAGGGCCGCGUUGGACAAUGUAUCAAGAACCUUGACUUCUCAGGCAUCAUCCUCUUCGUGGGCGCCUCCGUCUCGCUCGUCAUGGGUAUUGCAUUCGGUGGUGCAGUCUACACUUGGAAGAAUGGCCAGAUCAUAGGCCAAUUCUUUUGCUCCGGCAUCCUUAAGAUACUGCUCGGCCUCCAGCAGUCUAGGUCUGUCCUGACAACGAAGGAAAACAGCAUAUUGCCUGUGCAAUUCCUCAAAACCUACGAGAUGUGCAUCCUGUUUGCCCAAGUCGCAGUCUGCAUCGCCUCCGGGAUCCGCCUGCUGCCUUUCGUGUUCGGUGCCGUGCUUAGGGCUAUGAUCAAUGGAGUCGUCCUGGAGAGAUACAGUCUGUAUAUGCCAUGGUUUACCGUGGGGGGAGUACUUAUCGCGAGUGUCGGUGGUCUCUUGUACACGAUCAGUCCAGUUUCUAGUGCUGCGAAGGUUUACGGCUAUAGCGUCAUCACAGCGAUUGGUACGGGCUUCUUUGGCAAGGCGCCUUUUUCUGGUAGCCCAGGCAAAAGUCGCUCAGCACCACGUCCCCUCCGCGACAGCGUUCAUCAGUUGUGGCAGGUCACUGGCGUUAGUCUCUCGCUCUCGAUCGCGACCAGCAUAUCCAUCAACCAAUCGACUGAUAAGAUUGCUCUCAUCUCUCCAAAUGCGACUCACUCGGCCCUUCAGGCUCUUAUCGCUUGGCCUAGGACAUCAUUCUUCAGGAGCCAGAAUCGACCCCGUCAGCAACGAGCCAGGAUCAGGCUCACCGACGCCGCUGCACGGCCCAGCUGUCGCAGGAUGGUAAUUCAGACCGCGUUGACGGCUCCGAACCCAAGGUGGUUCGUUUCCGUCCUAGGCGUCAGCUCGAGCCAGGGAGCCGCCGGUCGGAGACCAGACCUGGCGGCCGAAGCUGACGCUCAGGUGCAGUCCGCAAGGGAAAGCGGCACCGGGCUUCGCGGAUGUCGGGCAGCGUUUCCGCCCGAUGUGGACAAGAAGCAGAAGCGGACCGACAAUAAAGUGGGCUGUGCGCAUCUCACUCCACCUCCCACCUCCCGAUCCGCCCCCACCCACGGCGUGUUGGACGUAGACUGA